CUCAACAUGCGGACUUCCGGUCCAAUUACAAGACUUUAGAAGUUGAAUCAAAUCAGAGGCUAUUGAUGCAACGAGUAUGGCAGCAAAGACCUACAUGUCUGAGGCCUAUCCAUUGUAGUAUUCAUGGGGAUCAAAAUCUCUUUGAAACAGUUGCAAAUGUGCUUACUUCACUUCCCUUCAUUGCUCUUGGAAUGCAAGCCCCAAGAAAAAACUUAAAUACCAAGAUGUAUGCUAAUUCCUUAGUUGGAGUUGGAAUUGCCUCAAGUUUGUAUCAUUCUUCUCGAGGAAAAGUAAGGAAGUAUUUGAGAUGGGUUGACUAUACAAUGAUAGCCACAGCAACAGUGUGUCUGUCUAGGGCCCUCAGAGAUGAGAACCCAAAGUUUCUGAUGGCAGCAUCAGCACUAUUCUUACCUUUUCAGCCUCUGAUGGUUUCUGCUGUUCACACUGGAAUGAUGGAGGUAGCAUUUGCAAAAAAAGCAUUAAAAGAUCCAGAGCUGAGAAUGGCCCACCAUGUACAUAAAAUGUCAUCACUAUUGGGAGGCGUUCUUUUCAUUGCAGAUGAUGUCUUCCCAAAUAUUCCUUUCCUUCAUGCUGGUUGGCAUCUUGCAGCUGCUAUUGGUGUUGGCACUGUA